GGACUCCUGUUACGCGAACAAGAAACAUAAUCUAAGUUUUUUUGUUUAACACUUACAACGACGGUGCGGCAGUGCGGUGUGCUCAGUGCGUGAUAGAGAGAGACAGCCAGCUUGAUCCACAUAUAGUUAUAGAUCGAUCGCGUAAAGCCCCCCUAAUCGAAUUUUUUGAUCCAGUUUGAGCGGAAAGUCUUUGCCCAAAAAUGUUCCGUACUCUGUCACGCGUUAGCGAAUUGCCACUUAUUGUUAAGCAAUUGCAAAAAAAUGCAGCACAGGCUGGCGUGGCCAAAACCAACAACUAUGCCACGGAGGCUACGGUGCAAGUGAAUCGCCCCUUCAAGCUGCAUCGCCUGGACGAAGGUCCGGCCACCGAAGUUAAACUGACCAAGGACGAGGCGCUCAAGUACUACACACAAAUGCAGACGAUCCGACGCAUUGAGACGGCGGCCGGUAAUCUCUACAAGGAGAAAAUCAUUCGGGGCUUCUGUCAUCUGUAUUCCGGACAGGAGGCCUGCGCUGUGGGCAUGAAGGCGGCCAUGCGAGAUGUGGACAACAUCAUUUCGGCAUACCGUGUCCAUGGCUGGACAUAUCUGAUGGGCGUCUCACCCAUUGGUGUCCUUUCCGAGCUGACCGGCAACCAGAGUGGCUGUGCCCGCGGCAAGGGCGGCUCCAUGCACAUGUACGCCCCGAAUUUCUUUGGCGGCAAUGGCAUUGUUGGCGCUCAAGUGCCGCUCGGCACUGGCGUGGGUCUGGCCUGCAAGUACAAGGGCAACGGCGGCAUGUGCCUGGCCCUCUACGGCGAUGGUGCGGCCAACCAGGGCCAGGUGUUCGAGGCCUACAACAUGGCCUAUCUAUGGAAGUUGCCAGUAAUCUUUGUCUGCGAGAACAACAACUAUGGCAUGGGCACUAGCUCGGAGCGUGCCUCCUGCAACACGGACUACUACACACGCGGCGAUGCCCUGCCCGGCAUCUGGGUGGACGGCAUGGAUGUGCUGGCCGUGCGUAGUGCCACAGAGUUUGCCAUCAACUAUGUGAACACUGUCGGUCCCCUGGUAAUGGAGACGAACACGUACCGGUAUUCGGGGCAUUCCAUGUCCGAUCCGGGCACCUCGUACCGCACCCGCGAGGAGAUCCAGGAGGUGCGCCAGAAGCGUGAUCCCAUCACAUCCUUCAAGGAAAUGUGCAUUGAGCUGGGUCUCAUCACCACCGACGAAGUCAAGGCGAUCGAUCUGAAGGUGCGCAAGGAGAUCGAUGAGGCCACCGCCUUUGCCAAGAGCGAUGCCGAGCUGGCUGUCAGCCAUCUCUGGACGGAUGUGUCCUCCAAUAAUCUGGAGCCCAAGCUGCGUGGCACCAAUGGCUUCAAUCUGGAUCACAUCCAGGAGCGCAAGGGUGUCAAUCACUAGAGAUCUGCCGAAACCACUCCACCCCACUCCCCGCCUCAAACGCAAACGCAGACACACAAGACACAUAGACACACGAAAUCUCUAGCUCUUAAGACGAAAGUUGGAAUGCCCCCUGCCCUUUAGUAGCGGCUUUUUUGCAAGGAGUCGCCACAACUUAGCUAAUCGAAGCACAGACACACACACACACACACACACACACAGCUCACCCUGGAUGAUGGUUUUUGGGGGGAAAAACUGCAUUGGAUAUUAUUGGAUGAAUUGUGAACGUGUUCAAUAUGGAUAAAGCGAGGUGUAAAUUGUUGAAAAUAUACAUAUAAAUAUUAA